AUGUCCGCAUCUGACGCUCCCCCCAACACGAUACAAGCCGAGCUAAACUACUUCUCACCCCCCACCGAUGGCUCCAAGCCGUACAUAAACAUCAACGCCGACCCAGCCACUGGCGUCCGGCAGCGCAACUUUGACUCUGAGCCGCACAUCAUCGACAUUGAGAACAUUCGUGGAGAGCAGGGCUCUGUCACACUCGAUACUGCCGGCUUCCAAUUCUUCCGGCGCCCCGCUACACACAAAGCCUUCAUCGACGACAAGGCCGUUGAGACAGAGUAUUACCCGGAGAGCAUCGAGUUCUUGAAGGAGAUCACAGGCGCGAGCCGUGCUGUUGUCUUUGAUCAUACCAUCCGCCGCCGCCGCCCCGGCGAGGUCGAGGACACACCGCAGAAGCGCCAGCCCGUCCCGCAGGUGCACGUCGAUCAGACGACGGCGUCCGCCAUCGCGCGCGUGCACCGACACCUCCCGCCCGCGGACGCGCCCGAGCUGCUGCGUCGCCGCUUCCAGAUCAUCAACCUCUGGCGGCCGAUAUCGCAUGCUGCGUACGACUGGCCGCUUGCGCUGUGCGACUUCCGUUCGGUCGACGCGAAGAGGGACCUCGUGCCGACGUCCCUCGUCUAUCCGGAUCGUGAUGGUGAGACGAUGAGCGUGCGUUUCAACCCGAACCACAGGUGGAAGUACCUCCGUGGCAUGGGGCCGGAUGAGUUUGUGCUGAUCAAGUGCUUUGACUCGAGGACGGACGAUGACACGGCUUUGUUGACGCCCCAUACUGCGUUUCAAGAUCCAACCACGCCCAAAAACACUCCUUAUCGAGAGUCGAUCGAGUUGCGCCUUCUCGUGUUCUAUGAUUGA